AUGAAUUCAGGAGAUGCUAGAGGAGGAAACUCUCUGGUGACUAAACCAAUUGAAAUAAUACUUACUAAGCUGCCACAUGCUAUACUAGGGCAACAACAAUUCCAAAAAUAUAUAACGAGCCCUAUCUACAAAUUUCUUUGCAAACUACUACUGUUCAGAAAAUUGACUUGGACCGAGAGAGUAAACGAUGCCCAGAUAGGACAGAUGGGAAUUUUCUUCUUUCAAAACAAUUAUGCAGACUCUGCGACAACUUUCAGAAUACUCGCUUCUUUGGAUAAGCAACGAUACCCGCUACCCAUCGGUGCCGCUGAAACGAAUUUACCUUCUUUGUUUGAAGGAUUCAAAGCCACUGUUUCCAUUAUUCAACAAGGACUGCUGGUAGAUGAUGUAAAGGAGGCUAUCAAUAAUGAUGAGGAAGAAUACGUUCUAUUACGACAUAUUAACACUGAUUUCGUGAAUAAAACAUACUCUAGCAAUGACCUAACACGGUUACUUCAGGAUGUGAAAACUAACGUGGAAAACCUGUCAAUCAGAAAAACGUUAGAAAUGGACGAGUUGACUAGAUUAGAUUCCAUGAUUAAUGAACUAAAUUCCAGGAAAUUGAAGAUCCUGGAAAGGGUAAAAAAUAUUGAUAGUAAGUCUACCAAUCUUGAGAGUGACGUAAUACUGAUAAAGGAUAGAAUAGAUUUUAUCAAGGAAUAUAGUUUGGAAGCCAAUCAUGAAAAGAGCGUACAAAUGAAAUUGGAAGAAGAAACGUUGUUCAAAUCCUCAUCCUCUACACAAAAUAAAGAACCCGUAUCGUCGCUAAAUGAUGAUGAAACUAACGAUACAAGGUUGAAAGGUUUUUAUAAGAGGCCCCAUGAAAAAAGCCAGGCCAAAAACAAUAAAAUGAAUACUACUACAGAAUCGCAUAGUCGAAAUUCAAUGGCUUUCAGAAUGACAAUAACCCAUGGUGAGCAUGGAAACAGCAUAACCGCACUGGAUUUUGAUAUGCCAUGGGGAACGUUAUGCUCAUCAAGCUACCAGGAUCGUAUAGUAAAAGUGUGGGAUUUGAACCAUGGAGGGCAAGUUGGAGAGCUGCCUGGUCACCUCGCUACGGUCAACUGUAUGCAGCUAGAUAAGACAAACUCCAAUAUGUUAAUUACUGGAAGUAAAGAUGCCACUAUGAAAUUGUGGGACUUAAAUCUUAGUAGGGAGCUAUAUUUGGACCACAGUCCAUUGAAACAGAAUACAGAAGAGAUUAUUACACCAUGUAUCCAUAAUUUUGAAUUACAUAACGACGAAAUCACAGCCCUAUCCUUUGAUUCGGAAGCUUUAGUUAGCGGAUCUAAGGACAAGAAAAUAUUCCACUGGGAUUUGGCGACGGGGAAAUGUAUUCAACAACUUGACCUUAUUUUCACACCUACAUACAGCGACAUUAAAAUGCCUGCGCGUUCCUUAAACAAUUAUACACGUUUACCUGGCACUGAAGCACCAAUGAUAGGAGCACUCCAAUGUUACAACUCAGCAUUAGCAACAGGAACAAAAGACGGUAUUGUGCGACUAUGGGAUUUAAGAGUUGGCAAACCAGUAAGAUUGCUAGAAGGCCAUACUGAUGGAAUCACAGGUUUGAAGUUCGACUCUGAAAAACUAGUAACAGGUUCGGUAGACAAUAGUGUAAGAAUUUGGGAUCUGAGGACAAGCUCAAUACUUGACGUAAUCGCGUAUGAUUUACCCGUAUCCUCCUUAGAUUUCGAUGGUAAGUUAAUUACUGUUGGUGCAAACGAGAGAGGGGUCAAUGUCUUCAACAUGGAGCGCGAUGAGCAUUGGAUGACCCCUGAACCACCGCAUUCACUGGACGGGGAUGAGCUGAGUAGAAGAAUUGCUAUUGUAAAGUAUAAAGACGGAUUUCUCAUUAACGGGCACAACAAUGGAGACAUUAACGUAUGGACACUUUAG